CUAUCUCCUGUAUGUCAGCACCGACGUCAGUCUGUUUGGAAAAAUGCUGAUGUCCACUCGUUCCCGGAUCAUCCUGGCCGUGUACGCGGUUAUCCUGCAACGGCGGUACAGUCACGGGACAACCGACGCUUUCUUCCCGGAGGCCAUGGUGCUGGAAGGCUUGGGGUUGACCGACGUGGCUGCUGCCAACGGUUCUGUAUCCAACAACGACCUGCAAGACCACAACGAAACGUCAACUGAGACGGACACAGGAGAUUUGAACGACGCUCUCAUGACGAUGACCUUUCACAGGUUUGUUGACCUCGACCCAAACCCAGGACAACAGCUGUGCUGUUUUGUUUUUCCUGCCUUACCUUAUCUCCUUUGACAGUAGCCUGUUCAGAUAAAAAAAUCCCUAAAAUUCCAUAUCCCUAGCUCAAAGCGCCAAGUAAGUCUUAGCCAUAUGAAUCUUGAGUUUGAUGUAAAAACUGAGUAGGAGGUAUUGGUUCUGAUAAUGACAUGGCAAAGGUUAAAAGGCGGGUUUCUUUUUUUUUGUGUCUAUUUUACUGUACAAUAUAUGUAAGCAAAUUAUUUAAACGUUUUGCUCGUAGUACUCGUUUAAAACUGAGACGGUGAGACGAAGUAGGUGAGAAAAAGCCGAAAAGUACAAUCACUGUAAAAGGCUUGGCCACUGGAAAAGCGACUGCUUGGUGUUCGGGUAGGAACGAAAAUCAAAUAAAUCAGCGACCACAUGACAAGUCGACUGGAAUGGCUCAAUGUGUGUAGGAGAUGAUAAAAAUAAUAUGGCGACUAGAAAAGAGAGAAGAUGCAAGAUUAUCUUUGUCGACAGUACGUGGCCGAAGAGAUAUUGCAAGGCAUUGCGGGUAACGCCGAGUCGGAGAGCCGGUCGAUAUCCACGGGUUACGGAUCAAGUAAAUCUUCCGUAAUGCGUAUGGAUCAAGGGUCUUCUGCGUACAACAGGUGGUUGAACAAAGCUCAAAUAAUGAAAAAAAUAUACGACGAUUACGAUUUGAACAUCAGAAUGCACGAACAACCGGAAGGGUUCAAGUUCAAACUGAAAAAUUACAACGAGGGUUUACAAAAUGUCGGGUCCGCAAACCGUACGACCAACACGGACGAUUCGAGAAAAGACUUCUAUCCGUACGAAGACAAUAUUUUGAGCCCGAGCAACUCCGUGGACUUUGUGCAGAGCCAUUCCAUAUCGUUCGACGACACUGGCAACGGUACCAACACUGCGGAACGCAUGCAGCCUUCGCCUAACGUACCACCGGUUUAUUAUGGUCCUCCGCAAGUGCCGCCAAUGUCGUACGAACCGUCGCCCAACAUGCCUUACGGUUAUCCGGCCGUGAUGCCUAACAAUUAUAACGGUUAUUACGGGCCGCCAAAUCUACAACCGCCAGCCGCCACCGUGCUGCCUAGUUUGACUAGUCCGACUCCGGUCGGUACAACAAGCAAUGUGGAAACCCUGAGCGACGAUUCCGAGCAAUCGAACGAAGACGAUAACGGCGGAAUAAGACGCGGACUCACGGCGACCGACUUGUACGACCUCGUCCUAACGGCUAUAGCGUUUUUGGGAUUCGGCACGUUCGUUAUGAAUUUAGUCAUGGACGCGAUGACCACACAGUCCGGUGCAACGUUAAUGAUGAGCUCCGCGCCGCUUCUCGGCGCCUCGGUGUCCAGGGAUGGCAGACAGUUAAAUCCGCCCAUAUUGGAAAUUGAUGAAUUGGCCUGGACCGUUGCGAAAGGCUUAGACAAUUUAAUUGCAUCGGUCGACGGUAAAGCCGUGGACUGCGGAUUAGCCAAAAAGUUGUGUGUAAAAUCCAAAAAGCUCAUUAAGACCGGCACGAACUUCAGCACUACGCUGUUACCCGCAUGGAAUGUCGCUUUGGGCUGGCUUUCGAAUAGACUAGGAAGAGACACGAGACAACCGGUUAUAAUGGCAUUUUUAGAACAAUGUUCCUUGCCUUUACAGUGUCAACGGAAUGCAUUUAAAUGAAAAUUACUAAUCUAAUAUUCUUCUUUGUGAGUAAUGAAAAUAAGUAAACAACUUUUGUGUGGAUAAUAUAUUAUAUGUAUUUCUUG